AUGAACAGAGUUACCCUGGAAACUAACGAAAACCCGCCAACCAUUUAUCAUUACGGUACCCGUCGCAAGACAAAAGCCAUGGAUCAAAGAUCCGAAAGACUCGAACAACUCCAAAAAGAGAUGCAAGAGCAAAUGCAAGAACAAUUAAAGAAGAUUCAGCAAGAAAUGAGGAACGAAAUGGUAGAGUCUCAAAAAAGCAUGAUGGCUGAAUUGACGCAGCUGAUAAAAGGGGGAAACGACAAAGGAAAAGACCCCGUGGUUAAUAUAGAUGAAGGAAAUAAUGAUGGCCCUCUCUAUCCCCCAGGCUUCACUCCUCCUUAUGCGCAAACCCAAGCUGGGGUACACCUAGGCAGAUCGUCUGUCACUAUCAGGCCUCAGCAGUUUCAGACCAGCACCUCAAUGCCAGUAAAUUUCCAAACUGGAAUAGGUUCUCAUCCAGGAGAAGCCCCUACCAAUCCCAUAGUACCUGAUUUUGACGAAAUGAUGGAGAAAGAGAAAACAAAGGAAGAAUUGUCAAGCCGGUUGGAGGAAAAAUAUAAAUGGCUCGAGGAGAAAUUCAGGGCCAUGGAAAGUAGUGAGAAUUAUCAAGGGAUCGACGCUAAAGAUUUGAGCUUAGUCCCGGAUUUGGUAAUUCCCCACAAAUUUAAAAUGCCAGAAUUUGAGAAAUACAACGAGACUAGUUGCCCAGAAGCUCAUAUUACCAUGUUCUGCAGACGUAUGACUGGGUACAUUAACAAUGACCAACUGCUUAUACAUUGCUUCCAAGAUAACCUCGUGGGGGCAGCAUCUAGGUGGUACAACCAGUUAAGUCGUACCAAAAUUAGCUCAUGGAGGGACUUAGCACAGGCAUUUAAAAAAUAAUAUAGUCAUGUAGCUGAUAUGGUCCCCGAUAGAAUUACCCUCCAAAAUAUAGAGAAAAAGCCUAAUGAAAGUUUUAGGCAAUACGCGCAAAAAUGGAGGGAGGUUGCCGUUCAAGUCCAACCCCCACUCUUGGAGAGAGAGAUGUAAUUGCUCUUCAUCAACACAUUGAAGGCACCAUUUAUCACACACAUGUUAGGAAGUGCCACGAAGAACUUCUCCGAUAUAGUUAUGAAUGGAGAGAUGAUUGACAAUGCCAUCAGGAGUGGGAAGAUCGAGUCUGGAGAAAGUAACCGUAGAUCGGCUCCGAAAAAAAGGAGAAUGAGGCUGGUGGAAAAGCUGAUCGGUAUGGGCGUUGUCAAGUUCGAUGAUUCACCCAGUGGGAAAAAUCCAUUGCCUAACCAUGCUGACAAGGGGGUGAACAUGAUAAGCGGAAAUACAGGGAGGAAAAUCAAAACAGAUAUUGCAGAAGUAAAAACCCCACUGAAAUGGGUUUUGAAACAAAUGAUAGAUAUGGGAUUAAUCAUUCAGAAUCUAGAGAAGAGACCAAGAGGGAUGAAGAGCUACUGUGAGUUCCAUGCCGAGAAGGGUCAUAAUAUCCAGGAAUGUACAGAAUUUAGGACCAUGAUACAAAAUUUGAUAAACAACAAAGAGCUAGAAUUUUAUGAAGAGAUCAAAGGACUAGAAGAAGGAGAAGUUUACGCUUCGGAGGAGGGACUUACGGGAAAAGCCCAAAAUCAACCGGUGGUGAUUAUUUCAAGGCCAAGAAGCACAGGAUCUGGAAUACAGCUGGCACCAAAGGUCAUAAUCCAAAAACCUGUAGCCUUUCCUUAUAAGGAUAGUAAAAAGGCUAGAGAAUUCUUAAAAUUCUUGAAGCACAGUGAGUACAGCGUGGUGGAGCAACUGUACAAGCAACCGGCUCGUAUCUCAGUGCUUGAGCUACUUCUAUGUUCGGAGACACAUCGUAAUGCGUUGAUAAAAGUGCUAAAUGAGACUUAUGUCGCUAACGAUAUCUCUGUGAGCAAGCUGGAUCGCCUGGUUAAUAACAUAAAUGCCGACAACUACAUCUUCUUCAACGAUGAUGAGAUUCCGCUAGGUGGUAUGGGAUCUACCAAGGCCUUGCACAUCACUGCCCGUUGCAAGGGGUGUAUACUACCGGGGGUACUCGUUGACAAUGGAUCGGCACUGAAUGUUUUACCCCUAUCCACAUUAAGCAGGCUACCUGUGGAUAGUUCUCACAUGAAAUCAUGCCAGAAUAUAGUGAGAGCAUUUGACGGCACUGAGAGAAAAGUGAUGGGAAGAAUCGAGAUACCUCUAUUGAUUGGUCCAAGUACAUACGAGGUGGAAUUUUUGGUAAUGGAUAUCAAACCAUCUUACAAUUGCCUAUUGGGGAGGCCUUGGAUCCAUUCUGCGGGGGCUGUACCAUCAUCACUUCACCAAAAGUUGAAAUUGGUGGUAGAGGGACGAUUGGUGACUAUAGGUACAGAAGAAGACAUCAUUGCAUCAGUCACCGAUGAUAUGCCAUACAUAGAGGCUGAUAGUGAAGCGAUAGAAUGUUCAUUCCGAUCAUUGGAAUUCGUAAAUGCCACAUUUGUCAUCGAGAGGAGCAAAAUCCCAGAGCCUAAGAUAUCCAAAGCUACGUCAAUGUGCUUACAGCUAACGAUGGGAAAGGGAGCGUUGCCUGGAAGAAGACUUGGAAAAUACCUCCAGGGACAGGUCGGAGUACCGAUCCUGGUUAACAAACAGGACCGUUAUGGUUUGGGAUAUAAGCCUAAUGCGAGGGAAAGGAGGAAGGAGAUGGAGAAAAGGCGAGAAAAGAGAAGAGCACGUUUGAGCGGGAUAGAAGCCAAGUGGGGACCGAUAACCUUUCCCCAUAUAUCUAAGACAUUUGUUCCAGGGGGAUUUGUCUACCCUGCAGAGAAUAACGAGGUUACAGAAGGAAGAAUUAGAAGGUUGGACAUCAAUGCCAUAUCCGCGGAAGAAAGGGUGGAAAGGAAUUUAUCGGGUAUUCGCCCUUACGAACCUGGUAGCGUUCUGAAUAACUGGACUGCAGAAGAGAUCCCUGUAACAUUUAGAACUAAUUCAGAGUCUUCAGAUGUCAACGAGAUGAGUGACGCUGUUACUGACUCAGAAUCCCUUUUUGAACAAGACGUGAGUAUGGAGGAUCUUCAGGACUUUGAAGAUGACCAAGACAGCGUUUUAUCUCCAGAUCUGUUAAGAAUGGUGGAGGAAGAAGAAAAACAAAUCCUAUCUCACAAAGAGUCGGUGGAGGUUGUGAGAAUAGGAGAAGGAAAAGAGGUAAAAAUUGGCGCUUGUAUUGCCACGCAAAUAAAACAGGACCUCAUUGAGUUGCUCAGAGAAUUCAAAGAUGUUUUCGCAUGGUCCUACCAGGAUAUGCCGGGGUUAAAUACUGAUAUUGUGGUGCACCGACUGCCCAUAAGAGAGGAGUGUAGACCAGUCCAACAGAAGCUCCGUAGGAUGAGGCUUGAUGUUUUGUUAAAGAUAAGAGAGGAGGUUCGGAAGCAGUUCGAUGCAGGAUUCUUGCAAGUAGUCAAAUACUCAGAAUGGGUAGCUAAUAUAGUCCCAGUUCCUAAGAAAGAUGGGAAAGUUCGAAUGUGUGUGGACUACAGAGAUUUGAACAGAGCCAGCCCAAAGGAUAAUUUUCCAUUGCCACAUAUCGACACUUUAGUGGAUAACACGGCAGGUUACUCACUUUUCUCCUUUAUGGAUGGUUUCUCCGGAUACAAUCAGAUAAAAAUGCAUCCUGAAGACAUGGACAAGACCACGUUCGUAACCAUGUGGGGCACAUUUUGCUACAGGGUGAUGCCAUUUGGAUUGAAGAAUGCGGGGGCAACAUACCAAAGAGCCAUGGUGACCUUAUUUCAUGAUAUGAUGCAUAAAGAGAUAGAAGUCUAUGUAGACGACAUGAUUGCGAAGUCUAGAACAGAGGAGGAGCAUGUACAAGUUUUGAGAAAAUUGUUUAUGCGGUUAAAAAAGUUCCAACUAAAGCUUAACCCGGCCAAAUGCACUUUCGGGACUAGAUCUGGGAAGCUUCUAGGGUUCGCGGUCAGUGAAAGAGGGAUCGAAAUUGAUCCGGACAAAGUAAAGGUCAUACAAGAAUUGCCUCCGUCGUGCACUCAGAAAGAAGUUCGAGGUUUCUUGGGAAGACUGAACUAUAUCGCUAGGUUCAUUUCGCAGUUAACAGAGAAAUGCGACCCAAUUUUUCGUCUCCUUAAGAAGCACAAUCCGGGCGUAUAGAAUGAGGAGUGCCAAAGAGCUUUUGACAAGAUUAAGAAUUACUUGUCUAAUGCUCCGGUACUAAUGCCACCAUGCCCAGACAAGCCAUUAAUAUUGUAUUUGGCAGUAUUUAGAAAUUCUAUGGGGUGUGUGUUGGGCCAACAUGAUGAAUCAGGAAGGAAAGAAAAAGCGAUAUACUAUCUCAGCAAGAAGUUCAAUGAAUGCGAGACAAGAUAUUCGCCAAUCGAGAAGCUGUGUUGCGCUUUAGUUUGGGCGACGAGGAGACUGAGACAGUACAUGUUAUAUCAUACCACUUGGCUAAUCUCAAAACUCGACCCAUUAAAAUACAUGAUGGAGUCAACUGCUCUGAAUGGAAGAAUGGCCCGAUGGCAAAUUCUGCUCUCUGAAUUCGACAUACUCUAUGUGAAUCAAAAGGUUAUAAAAGGGAGUGCAAUAGCAGAUUUUCUAGCUAGUAGAGCUCUGGAAGAUUAUGAGCCUUUAAACUUCGACUUUCCGAAUGAGGACAUAGUAUAUGUAGCAAUCACCAAAGAAGAUAUCCGAGAGGGAAAUGUUUGGAAAUUGAACUUCGAUGGAGCUUCAAAUGCUAUAGGCAAUGGUGUUGGGGCAGUUUUGGUAUCCCCGAGCGGAGAUCAUUAUCCAUUCAAUUGUAAAUUGGAUUUUGAUUGUACAAACAAUAUGGCUGAAUACGAAGCAUGUAUCAUGGGGAUUCGCGCAGCCAUAGAGCGGAAAAUCAAAGUGCUAGAAGUAUAUGGAGACUCGGCACUAGUAAUCUAUCAGCUCAAAGGAGAUUGGGAGACAAGAGAUCCCAAAUUGGUCAACUACCGAAAAUUGGUUAUGGAACUAAUUGAGGAUUUUGAUGAUAUCACUUUCUGCUACCUUCCACGAGAGGAAAAUCAGAUGGCUGAUGCAUUGGCUACAUUAGCUUCUAUGAUCAAAGUAAAUAGACAGGAGGAUGUGAAGCCAAUCCAAAUGAGCAUUUAUAAAGCUCAGGCCCACUGUUGCAACAUCGAUCAAGAGGAAGGAAAAGACGAUCACCCUUGGUAUCAAGAUAUAUUGCGAUACGUAAAGAAUCGUGAAUACCCAGACCAGGCGACGGAGAAUGAUAAGAAAACAUUAAGAAGGCUGGCUAGUGAUUACGUCUUAGACGGAGAAAUCCUGUAUAAAAGGGGCAGGGAUCAGGUGCUACUAAGAUGCGUAGACUCUACUGAGGCCAAACAAAUCCUGGAAGAGGUCCAUGAUGGCGUCUGUGGAACACAUGCCAAUGGUUUCACAAUGUCCAGGCAAAUCAUGAGAUUCGGAUAUUAUUGGUCCACUAUGGAAGGGGACUGUAUCAAAUAUGCCAAGAAAUGCCACAAAUGUCAAAUAUAUGGGGACAAAAUUCAUGUACCUCCCUCACCUCUGCAUGUCAUGACUUCCCCAUGGCCUUUUUCCAUGUGGGGCAUGGACGUCAUUGGACCAAUAUCGCCAAAAGCUUCAAAUGGCCAUCGGUUCAUCUUCGUAGUGAUCGAUUACUUUACUAAAUGGGUAGAAGCCUCUUCAUACGCUAACGUCACGAAGGCAGCGGUUAGUAGGUUCUUAAAGAAAGAGAUCAUAUGUCGUUAUGGAAUGCCAGAAAGGAUAAUAUCUGACAACGCGCUAAAUUUGAACAACAGUACGAUAGCGGAGGUUUGUGGCCAAUUCAGUAUUAAACACCACAACUCGUCGCCAUACCGCCCAAAAAUGAAUGGCGCGGUGGAGGCAGCCAAUAAAAACAUCAAGAAGAUUGUGGGGAAAAUGACCGAGACUUAUAGAGAUUGGCAUAAGAAGCUUCCAUUUGCUCUUUUUGCUUAUAGAACGUCUAUCAGAACCUCCACCGGGGCAACGCCUUUCUCAUUGGUUUAUGGAAUGGAGGCAGUUUUACCCAUUGAAGUAGAAAUUCCUUCCCUUCGAGUCCUGUCAGAAUUAAAGUUGGACGAAGCAGAAUGGAUCCGAUCUCGAUAUGAUCAGCUGAAUCUUGUCGAAGAGAAAAGGCUAAGAGCUAUCCGCCAUGGUCAAAUGUACCAAAGGCGAAUGAUGCGAGCUUACAAUAAGAAGGUUCGCCCUAGGGAAUUUCAGGAAGGGGAUUUGGUACUGAAGAAGAUCCUUCCCAUACAAAAAGACUUUAGAGGAAAGUGGAUGCCAAAUUGGGAAGGACCAUAUGUGGUGAGGAAGGCCUUCUUUGGAGGAGCACUGAUAUUAACCGAAAUGGAUGGAAAAACUUUGCCUAACCCAGUGAAUUCAGAUUCGGUGAAGAAGUACUUCGCCUGA